UUAGGUCUGUGUGCUUUAAACAAAUAGUUCCCAGAGAGCCUGGAGCAUCCAGAGCUCAGCCCUCAUCCAUCAUGGAGCAAAGAAAGUGGCUGCUAAGUUUUCUCUUCCUUGGGCAGCAGUUGGGAUCCAGCCUGGCUUGUCAGCUGCCCUCUGACUGGAGGCCACUGAGCGAAGGGUGCCGAGCAGAGCUGGCGGCCACGAUUGUCUAUGCCAAAGUCUUAGCUCUGCACCAGGAUAUGUACAGCAUGUACAACUAUUUGCCCUGGCAGUACGAAGCCAUGGACGGAGGGCUGUUUUACUCCGCCGAGAUCGAGAUGCUGUGCGAUCAAGCUUGGGGGAGCAUGUUGGAAGUGCCAGCCGGGUCCCGGUUGAACCUCACCGGACUGGGCUACUUCUCCUGCCACUCCCACACGGUCGUGCAAGAUUAUUCCUACUUCUUCUUCCUCAGAAUGGAUGAGAAUUAUAAUCUCCUUCCACACGGGGUAAAUUUCCAGGAUGCGAUAUUUCCGGAUACGCAGGAAAACUGGAGGAUAUUUUCAAGCCUUUUCCAAUUUUCCAACUGCAGUCAAGGGCCUCACGCUGCCAUGUUCUCCAGCGAUUGGGAGACGCAAGAGGACAACAGGCUUAUGUGCUCCUCCCUCCAGAAGGCAUUGUUUGACGAGGAGGACCACGUAAAGAAACUCCAGCAAAAAGUGGCAAGCUUGGAGAAACGCAACAAGCAGCUGCAGGAUCGGGUGAAGAAGGCCAAAAGGCUACUGAGGCAAGCCAGGAAGAACGGCCAACACAUGGAGCUGACCAACCAGAAGCUCAACGAGAAACUGUCCUCCAUGGGGGUCCAGUUCCCCUACAUUAACUCCUUAAAGCAAGCCCAUUCUCGCGCCACGUACCUAAAAGUCUAAGAGCAACUUAGAAAACCUAAAGCUACAGACUUAGCGAUGGAACGGCGUGUCCUUCUCCACCCAAUCUUACCUUGCGGAAGAAUUGUAGUGCAUUCAAAGUCUUUGGCGCUCGAAACGUGCAGGAUUUGUCUCAAGUGGAUAUCUCACUUGCUUCGAACCGGCUUUGUAAAUAGGAUUCAAGUUUUGCCUAGGAGGAAACGUGGACCGUGGUCUUCAGAAGGUGGCUUGAGACCAACGAGGAGUGGAUUUAUGGACCAUAAUUGAGGGGGCUUGAGUCUUGGAUAGGUGGGUCCAAGGUAGUCCUCGACUUACAACAGUUCAUUUAGGGACCAUUCAAAGUUACAACGGCACUGAAAAAAAGUGACCCCUUUUUCACAGUUACGACCUUGACAGCAUCCCCCGUGGUCACGUGAUCA